AUGAACUGUGACCCCUCCAGUAGCGAUCGAGGGAGCAAGGGUGAACGAAACUUCCAGGCCUCCUGGAAUUCUAGGGUCUCUAGCGAUUCUCAGUGCCUUCGUCUUCUUGACGCAGUCCGCCGCGGCGAUGAAGAUGCGGUCCAGUGCCUGUUGGAUGACGGCGCUAAUAUCAGAGCCAAAAAUAUUGAUGGCGAAACGGCUCUCCACGAUGCAGUCAGGAACGGCUCUCUCUCCAUGGUGCAAUUGCUUCUCGACAGGGGCGUGGAUGCUGAAGUUGCCGAUUCAAAGGGAGCCAAGGCCUUGUACAUUGCGGCAGAGACUGGCGACCUUGAGUUGGUCGAACUUUUGCUGCGAUUCGAUGUCGAUGUCGAGUCGUUCAAUCCGGUGGCUCAAAGCACGGCAUUCCACCAGGCCGUUAUUUGUGGGCACCCCGCUGUGGCUGGGCUUCUUUUGGCAAAGGGAGCGGACAUUGAUGCUCUGGUUCGCGAUGGACAUACACCACUACUCAAUGCUGUGAUCCGUAACGAUUUGCAGGCCGUCGAGUUCUUGCUGCAGAAUGGAGCAAAUAAGAAGCUACGUGACGAUGAUGGCCGAAGGAUUGAAGACUUUGCAGUCGAAAAUCCUGCUAUGCUAGCCUUGCUACAAUCCGACCAGCUCCUUCAAGGGCCCGCGAUUACAGGCCCAAAGACCUCCACAAAGCGACAAAUCAGGAUACCACCCCUUUCAUCUGAUCAGCCCAACAAGUUGAAAGCCUGCCAGGGAUUUGAAGGCACUAUUGUUGAUUUUUUCGUGGGCGCAACGGAGCAGAGGAUCGAGAAAACGGUGCCGAUCUACGAGCUGCUCUAUGGCAAAGGGCCUGACUCCAUAAUGGAUCCAGCCAGUCGAGUGGGGAUUGACGGACAGCAGCCUAUUUUCAGAUGGUAUCAUCUACCCGCCAACAAUAUAGAGUGGGUUCAUAUUUUGGUUAAUCGACAUUUCAGCAAUCGGAGUUCUGGUGCUACGAUGCUGGACGAGGAAUUUAAGUCCAAGCUUGCAUUGUCAAACACCACUCUUCGACAAUAUCGUGUUUCAACGAAGCACUGCUCUUUCAUGAGGCCGCAAUGUCGAGUUGUCAAGGUAGGGAAUCUUUAUUCGACAUUUACAGCCAAGGUCAGUUAA